AUGGCGUCAAUUUUACCCUAUCUACCACAGAAAGUUCCGCAACCUCAGAAGACGUACCCACAAGUUAACACAUCGUACAUUUUCAACCCAGCGUCGGCGUCUUCUGUGUCGUCCUCUUCAUCCUUGCCUUCUUCACAUCUGCCACUAAAGGCGAGCUUAGCUUCGAGUAAGGCUUCCAACCCUUGUUCAAUGGAUAGUCAACCAUAUUUGCCACAAUCGAAAUUUCGUUCGCCAUCGUCAGACACCUCGUCGAUGAACCAGAUCUUCAAGUCUCUGUUUGGCUCAGAAGUGACAGAGUGGCCUUAUUCAGAGGAUACUCUUCAAAGAGCAAUUCACCUGCGGAUCUCCCAAGAAAAAACAAAACAGGAGUACUACAGGGUGGAAAGAUUGAACAGGGUUAUCGAAUUGAUGAAGUUAGCUGCGAUUGCAAAAGUCCCCGGUCACCUAAUACCAUGUCUGUUUGAGUCCCAUGACUCAGCACCAACCCAGAAGAAUAGUUUUCAUGAAAGACCGAUGUCCCCUCCCACUUCUUCGGCAUCCCCUGUUUCUCCCUCUCCUUCUCCCUCCCCUGUGAAGGCUUCUCGCUAUAAACAUGCAAGAGGUCAUACAAUCUCAAAGAUGACAGACCUCAGGCAGGAGACUGACAGGGGGUUUUUUGGCGGCAGUAGAGAACAAAACCGGAGAGCAGAAGAUAGCCAGAGCUCAACAAAUAGUAACUCAAUGAGAAAUUUCAGGUUUGGACUGGGGUCUGCUUAUAAAGGAAGCUCAUCUUCGCCUUCUCAGCUUCAAAGAAAAAGAACUACCUUACCGCCGAAGCAUCAGCUUUCUCCUUCCAGAAUCGGAGCACAUGCUAUAUCUUCACUUCACACACGUGGUGGUAGAAAUGUCUCUGUCGACUUGCAGAGCCUCCGUCAUGGCUCAUCUCAUAAUAGAACACUGUCUUUACCGGCGUCAGUAUCUAUCCCAGAAACCGAAUCAGUAGAAUUUGGUUCCAGCGGUCAUGCAGUUGAGAGCAAAGGAAACAGUUUCAAAGAGAUAACUAUACCAUAUCUCACCCCAAAAAAAGAUUACCAUGCUGCGCAUGAUUCUGGCCUUAUUAUGGAUGGGGGCAGAGCCACUGACAGUGAAGAAGAGCAAGAUGUUGAAAAAUUAUUAGAUUGCUCAGAUCAAGCUAACAGCUCUUUUUUAAAGCGGAGAAAGCUGGUGAAUGGUUCUCCACUAAAAAAUAUGACCUUGAUCACAGAUGAAACAGAAAAUACGACGAUCACUGAAAAUGAUGGAAAUGGUUCUAUAGUCGAUUUGUCAAUUGCCAACACGUCCACAUUCAGCUGCUCAAGUCCCAUCAGGCCUAGCAGAAUUGAGUCCCAAACUUCCUAA